AUGCACAGAUCCAUUCCCAUCCUGCCAUCCUCUGGUUCGCUUGCGCCCCCGCAAGAUCGAAUGGACAUCACCCCAUCCUCGUCCUCGGCCAUGGGCCCACCAAGCCUCACUGCACCAAGUACAGAUCGACAGCACCUCACACCGACACACCAGACGCACGCGCAUAGUCAAUCAGCAAACGGCGACUCGGAUAACAAUACGCCUAACGGCAAUGGCAAUGGCAAUGGCAAUGGCAAUGGCAGUUCUGCGCCGGCGGUUGGCGCGGCCGCAGCUGCCCAGCAACCCAAAGUCGUUCAGACGGCGUUUAUACACAAACUAUACAACAUGCUGGAGGAUCAGAGCAUUCAGCAUCUUAUUUCAUGGUCUAGUACGAACGAAAGCUUCGUCAUGUCUCCGUCCAGUGAAUUCUCAAAAGUUUUGUCAUCAUAUUUCAAGCAUACCAACAUCUCGUCCUUUGUUCGCCAAUUGAACAUGUACGGAUUCCACAAAGUGAGCGACGUAUUCCACACAGGAUCGCCAGACUCUCCCCUCUGGGAGUUCAAGCACGGCAACGGGAACUUCAAGCGCGGCGAUCUCGUAGGGCUGCGCGAGAUUAAACGACGAGCAUCGAGACAUGCACUCAUCCAUCGAGACUCUUUCCCUACACCCAAACUCCCAACCGGCCCGCCCCCUACACAGCCUAUCGAGCAACAGAUGCCGGACCCUGUUGAAUCGCGACUCAACGCGCUCGAGUACAACUUGCAUAAUAUGCAUUCGCAGAUACAGCGGUCAGAAGACACGUGCGCAUAUCUUAGCCAAAAAGCUGCAGUUUUGAUGGAAGGCAUGCUACGUUGCCAUACGUGGAACAGAGAACUCACCCGCCACAUUUUGGAUCUUGUGCCAGAUCCAGAACACGCCGUGCACAAAAACAUCGCAGCAAUGGAACGAGACAUCUGUCGAUACACCGACAUGUUGAACACAUUGGACCAACCGGAGGAGCCCUCCUCAGCUCGCCAACCGUACUUCAUGCAAGUGGACAACAAUGGGUCACCGCUAUCACCACGCGCAAUGCCGCAUGACCAGUAUCCAGAUUCGCGGCGAGGGUCAUUGGCUGGCCUUCCGCGACAGAUGUCCGUUAAGCCUUCGGUUCCAGCACACCUUGCGAUCUCUCCACGUCGCUACGGCUCAAUUGGCACAGGAACUUACUCCCCAGUAUCAGCCAGACCGCCAGCUGCACAACAACCGCCUCCGCCGCCGCCUCCUCCACCGCCCUCCAUACAAGCACCAGGUGGAAAUGGAGGCAACAACCCUGGAAGCGGGGCAUCUCCUCCAUACAACCACUUUCAGCGACGGCACACCUCUGCCGAUAUUCGCACCCUUGGCUGGCAACACCAGCCCCCGCCAACACAUUCUCCAUACGCAUCUGGUCACAACUCGACGCAAUGGCCGUCUUCACCACAUAGAGCACCGAUUGGUGGCGGCGACGAGCAGCUUCGCAACGCGCUAGAAUCGUACCAGCUUCCUCGGGGGCCUCGGGGGCGAACAUCGAGACAGGGCACACCGCCAGAUGGACCUCAAUCAUCAUCGUUGACCCCUAAUGAUGCUGGCUGGACAUUACCCGGAGCUCGAUACCCUUUCAAGGGGUUUGACACUCCGGGGCCGCCGACUCGUCGCUCCAGCAUGGCAUCGAACGUGCACUCGCUGCUCAACCCUGCAGAGACCGCCGAGCGAGCAGACGAAGACGAGCCCGAGGAUCCGAGGAAGAGGAAGAGGAUGCAGUAA